AUGGAGGAGGACGCCGACGACGCCCAGGAUGAGACUGGCGACGAGGACGUGGACGCCGUGCGCGAGCGGCGAAGCGUCGCCGAGCACGACGCCGACGACGACGCCGAGGACGCCGACUACGACGAGGCCGUGCGCGAACGGCGCAGUGCGGACGACCUGCUGACGGCCGCCAGCCACUACGAGAAGGGCGGCGGCGCCAAGCACAAGGAGUCGCACUUCGCCAAGAAGGGCAAGAAGGGCGACAAGGGCCACAAGGAGAAGAAGUACUGGGACGCGGCCGAGGCCGGCAAGCACGGCAAGAAGCACAAGGAGUCGCACUACGCCAAGAAGGGCGCCCACAAGAAGAAGCACCACGACGAGGCCAAGAAGUACGGCAAGAAGCACUCGACCGAGUCUGGCCACAAGGGCGAGAAGUUCCACCACAAGAAGGGCCACAAGAAGGGCAGCAAAGUUAAGGGCUACCACAAGAAGCACCACAAGGACGACUACAAGAAGAACAAGAAGUUCUGGGACAAGGCGCACAAGACCGGCAAGCACAAGAAGUACGGGCAGGAGGACUCGCACCACUCCAGCAAGGAGGGCAAGCACAAGAAGGGCAAGCACCACCACUCGGGCUACAAGGAGGCUCACAAGGGCAAGAAGGGCGCGAGCCACAAGGGCCACCACGACAAGGCGGAGAAGAAGUGGAAGGGCAAGAAGGGCAACGACAAGCACCACCAGCACAAGGAGAGCUACGGCAAGAAGGGCGGCAAGAAGUCCGGCAAGAAGUGGGGCUACAAGGAGAAGCACUGAACCGCUCACCCUCCCGGUGCUGUUUCUUUCUAGUCAGGUCCAAGCAGAGAGGAUGCAUUUCGUUGUUUUGUUGUGUUUUGUUUGAUGAGUCGCCGCGCUCGGGCUCGGUGAUGUUGUUAUUUAUGUUUGUA